UGUUCAAGCAGUCAACUCCCAUUGUACAAUUUCCAUUAAAUUCUCUCAUUCACCAUACACAUAAGUCAUAACCAUACUCACGUGCCGUUAACUCCUCCGUUAUUAAACCACAUAACACCGUUUCUUCCCACUUCACUAUUCUAACACCAAACAGUCCCACUAAACAAACACAACCACAACAACAAUACACCACCAACUCUGUCUCUUUUCACUGUCUUUUCUUUCUUUCAAGUAUAAUACCACAUGAGAUUAAGAUUGAGAUUGUGCAACCAAGUAGAAGAGGAAGAAAAAAAAUGAAACACCUUUUUAGGUUCUUGAUUCUUCUAACACUUAUUAGUCUCACACAAUCAUCAUCUUCAUGCAACAAUGAAAACAAGAACCUUAUAUCAAAGGCUUUCCAAUCUGUCUCAGGAUUCAACACUACCUUAUUCCAAACAAAAAGCUUCAACUGUUCAAAGGGUCAAAUUAACAUCAUAGAACUUCCAUCAAAAAACUUGAGUGGCAACAUCUCAUGGAGAUAUCUAAGAAACAUGACAAACUUAGUGUUUCUUGAUCUUUCAGGUAAUUAUCUACAAGGUCAAGUACCAAACUGGUUUUGGUCAAGUAGUUCAAAUUUAUCAACAGUGAAUCUCUCAAAUAACAGAUUUGGUGGAACCAUUGCAUUCAAAACAAAACCCAUUUCUCAAAAUGGUUCAACUUUACAAAAUCUCAAUCUUUCACACAACAGGUUCACAAAUCAACUUCAUCUUUCAUUUUUUCAAAACCUUAAAAUCCUUGACCUUUCACACAACAAUCUUAACACUCUACCUUCUGGUUUUCAAAACCUUACCAAACUCAACUACCUUGAUCUAUCAAACUGUAACAUCAUAGGAAACAUCAAACCCAUUUCUUAUCUUACUUCACUCUCUUUCUUAAACCUUUCAAACAACUCUUUGAAUGGUAGUUUCCCGUCUGAUUUUCCUUCUCUAAACAAUCUUAAAUUCCUCAACAUCUCAAACAACAACUUCAAAUCUUCAACUUCUCUAAACAACUUCAUCAAGAAAUUUGGAAAAUCAUCAUUCAUUCAUAACAACUUCAAUCUCAACCACUACAAUACUACCAAAAAACCAAACAUUCAUUCAAAUUCAAAUUCAAUAUCAACUCUAAAACACCACCACCAACAACAACUUCAUGUGACAAAGACAAAACCAAUUCAAACCAAACCAAAACACAAACAAAAGUCAAAAACAAAAACCAUGAUUAUUGUAGCUGUUACCUCGGCGUCAACGCUUAUUUUUGUCGUAUUAUGUCUAUGUGCAUUUUUUGGUUACAGAAGAAAAAGAAAACUAGCUCAAAAAAACAAAUGGGCAAUUUCAAUAUCAAAACCAAUGACAGGAUUAACAACAACCGUUAAGAUGGAGAAAUCUGGACCGUUUGCAUUUGAGACAGAAUCUGGAACAUCGUGGGUAGCUGAUCUAAAAGAACCAACUUCAGCAUCAGUUGUCAUGUUUGAGAAACCUUUGAUGAACAUUAGUUUCAUGGAUCUUAUGAAUGCCACGUCAUAUUUUGGGAAAGAUUCUCAGCUAGCUGAAGGUAGAUGUGGGCCCGUUUAUCGUGCUGUUUUACCUGGGGAGUUACACGUGGCAAUUAAGGUUCUUGAAAAUGCUAGAGAGGUUGAUCAUGAUGAUGCUGUUGAUACUUUUGUUGACUUGUCUAAGCUUAAACAUCCCAAUCUUUUGCCACUUUCUGGUUACUGCAUCGCAGGGAAGGAAAAGCUAGUGUUGUAUGAGUUUAUGUCAAACGGAGAUUUAGGCAGAUGGAUGCACGAGCUACCGACGGGUGAGACUAAUGUGGAGGACUGGAGUAGCGACACAUGGGAGAUUCAAAACGGCACCGGUUCACGAGCAUCAUCACCAGAAAAAAUGGGGUGGCCAACACGACACCGUAUUGCUCUAGGAGUAGCGCGUGGUCUAGCAUUUCUCCACCAUGCAGGAUCAAGGCCCGUCGUUCAUGGACAUCUAGUAACAUCAAACGUUCUACUAGCCGAUGACUUUGAGCCUCGUAUUGCCGAUUUCGGAUUUAGAAAAUUCGGACAACAAUGUCCUCCAAAUUGCAGCACCGAAACAGACGUUUACUGUUUUGGUGUAGUGCUUAUGGAGCUUCUAACCGGGAAGCCCGGUACAGCAGAGACCGUGGUUUGGGUGAGGAAGCUUGUAAGAGAAAGUCAUGGAGUGAGGGCGCUUGACGAUAGACUCAAGCUAGGAGGUGGUGACUUGGAGAGUCAGAUGGUGGAGAGUCUCCGAGUUGCGUACCUUUGUACGGCCGAAUCACCCGGGAAGAGGCCAACUAUGCAGCAAGUUUUGGGCCUUCUCAAAGAUAUUCAUCCGAAAAAUGGACUCGAAUGAGUUGACUCGACUAUUGACUUGUUCUCUUUUCUGGAAUGUUUAAUGGUCCACGAUAUUUUUAGUGGGUGUUUGGUAUCACAUUGGUGUUGUCAGGAUCACAAUGUGAUAUCAAACAUGCAUUUAAGCGUUUGAGGUUUAACCUAGAUGAAAUUGGACCAUGUUUUUGUUUUGUUUUUUGAAAUAUUUAUUUGUGGUGAUUAUGAUUGCAAUGUAUAUAUACCAAAAAGUUUAGGAGAAAAAAAGGAAAAAGAAAAAGGGAAGAAAGGUGGACAAAAUGAAGUGGGGUAGGAACUAGGGAAGGGAAAUGUUGGAUAGGAUAAUCAAAUAUCGAUGAAUGCCUUAUGGGAGUGUUGUGAAGUAUAUUUUUUUUGUGAGCAUGCAAAGAGUAGAGAUUCCCACUUACUAUGAUAUGUUUUUCUUUUUUAUCCUUUUGAUUUUGUCUUACUAGGUCUUUCACUUUGUUUUCUAUUACUUUUUUGUUUGGGGGAGAAUGUUUUAUAUCA